UGAGGGGAAAUCGCGCGCAUAUUUGUCAAUGGCGAGCUGUGUAAUUCAUGGCUGUCUGGCUUUUUCCCGAAACCUAGAAAAUCCUAAUAAGGCACUGAGUUAAAACAACCGGAAACAUCUUCCUUUAGAUCAGUGAGUACGAAUUUCAAAAUUAUGUGAACAUCGCAUUCUUCCAGUCUUCUAUCGCUUACCCGCCGGUGAUGUCAUGCUUUUUUUUCCGGGAGGCUGGGUGUCCCAGAUUUGUGGAGGGGCGGACGAGCUAGAAAAAAGUGCGAUUCCAUUGGAUAGACGAUUUCCUUUGGCAUAUUGUAAUUGGCUGGAAAAGUUUUUCUGGGAUUCCCACCCGACUUGAGCUUUAAAACGGUCUUUCUGAAACACUUUAUGCACUAUUACACAAACGACACCGAGCAGACUGGAGUGUGUUUGGAUAGCGACCAUACAGUCUGACUGUAAAUACAGAACUGACCUGCAAUGGAUCUUAGCACGGGAAUGCAGAAGAUGGCGGUGGAGCAGCAGCCAGCGGGAAGGGGCGCGGCGUGUCUGACAUGUAAAGGGAUCUGCUCUGGAUUCCAGCCACAUUCCUGGAGGAAGGCCUGCGUCCAGUGCAGGUGCAGCCGGGACGCCCACGCCCCGAGCUCGGACGGCGAGGACGACCGCAAGAUGGGCCGCUUGCUGGCCGACUCGCGCUACGCCCACCUGACCGCCAGGGUGAAGGGCGGGGACGGCCUGCGCGUCUACAAACGCAACCGCAUGAUCAUCACCAACCCCGUGGUCUCCCGCAAGGACCCCACCUUCAACACCAUCACCUACGACUGGGCCCCGCCCGGACUCGCUCAGAAACUGGCCAUGCUGUACAUGGAGCUCCUCCCGGAGGCACAGCGCCCCGUGUCGGGCACAGAGGGGGCCCUGUACCGCCGCAGGCUGCUGCUGAGACAGCUCCCCGUGUACGACCACGACCCCGCCCAGGGCCACGCCCUGUCCGAGCCCGAGGCCCAGGCCAUGGCCCUGUUCGUGCAGGGCUACAAGCAGGAGGUGGGCGUGGGGGAGGUGGCUCUUCCCGGGGGGGCGGGGCCCAAGGAGGAGGGGGCGAAUCAGAAGAAUGGGCGGAGCCCCCAGGAGCCGCAGGAGCCCCGCCCCACGGCCAACGGCACCCUGGGAGACUGCGGCAAAAAGAGCCAAUACCACUGUGAGCGCUGCGGGGGCCCGGCGGCCGAGGACGGGCCCGUGGUGUACGCCGAGCGGGCGGGCUACGAGCGGCUCUGGCACCCCACCUGCUUCGUGUGCGCGGAGUGCGGGGAGGCGCUGGUGGACCUGGUCUACUUCUGGAAGGACGGGGCCCUGCUCUGCGGCCGGCACUACUGCCAGCGGGAGAAACCCCGCUGCAACGGCUGUGACGAGCUCAUCUUUACUGAGGACUACAAGCAGGGGGCAGACGGUCUGGCCUGGCACAAGGACCACUACUGCUGCUGGGAGUGUGGGCGGUCCCUUAGCACCCCGUGUUCCUGUGGCAGCCGCUCCAGACCUGUGGAUCUGUCACACCUGCCUGCCUGGGCACGUGCAGAGCCUGGGAUCCACACUGUCCCAGGAGUGCUCAGCAACACGCCCGUCUCCAGCUUCAGCUGUGGAGAGACUCGGCAACACGCCCGUCUCCAGCUUCAGCCGUGGAGAGACUCGGCAACACGCCCGUCUCCAGCUUCAGCCGUGGAGAGACUCAGCAACACGCCCGUCUCCAGCUUCAGCCGUGGAGAGACUCAGCAACACGCCCGUCUCCAGCUUCAGCCGUGGAGAGACUCAGCAACACGCCCGUCUCCAGCUUCAGCCGUGGAGAGACUCAGCAACACGCCCGUCUCCAGCUUCAGCCGUGGAGAGACUCAGCAACACGCCCAUCUCCAGCUUCAGCCGUGGAGAGACUCAGCAACACGCCCGUCUCCAGCUUCAGCCGUGGAGAGACUCAGCAACACGCCCGUCUCCAGCUUCAGCCGUGGAGAGACUCAGCAACACGCCCGUCUCCAGCUUCAGCCGUGGAGAGACUCAGCAACACGCCCAUCUCCAGCUUCAGCCGUGGAGAGACUCAGCAACACGCCCAUCUCCAGCUUCAGCCGUGGAGAGACUCAGCGACACGCCCAUCUCCAGCUUCAGCCAUUCCCCUCAGCGCUCAGCUACAUGACCAUCUCCAGCCGUGGAGCGAUGCAGCCACACUGUCAGCUGCCUUUUCACACCUGA